CUGACCAGAGUUGUCAUGUCUCUUGAGCAGAGGAGUCAGCACUGCAAGCCUGAGGAAGGCCUUGAGGCCCAAGAAGAAGCCCUGGGCCUGGUGGGUGCGCAGGCUGCUGCUACUCUAGUGGAAGUCACCCUGGGGGAGGUGCCUGCUGCCAGGUCACCGAGUCCUCCCUAGGGUCCUCAGGGAGCCUCCACCUUCCCCACUACUGUCAACUACACUCUCUGCAGCCAAUCUGAUGGGGGCUUCAGCAACCAAGUAGAGGAGGGGCCAAGCACCUCUCCUGACCUGGAGUCCAUGUUCCUAGCCGCACUCAGUAGGAAGGUGGCUGAGCUGGUUCAUUUUCUGCUCCUCAAGUGUCAAGCCGGCGAGCUGGUCACAAAGGCAGAAAUGCUAGAGUGUGUCAUUCCAGAUUGCAUGUACUUCUUCCCUGUGAUCUUCCGCAAAGCGUCUGAUUCCUUGCAGCUGAUCUUUGGCAUCGAUGUGAUGGAAAUCAACCCCACUUGCAACUUGUACAUCCUUGUCACCUGCCUGGGCCUCUCCUAUGAUGGCCUGCUGGGCGAUGAUCAGAUCAUGCCCAAGACAGGCCUCCUGAUACUUGUCCUGGACAUGAUUGCAACAGAGGGCAAUUGCGCUCCUGAGGAGAAAAUCUGGAAGGAGCUGAGUGCGAUGGAGGUGUUUGAUGGGAGAGAGCACAGUGUCUUUGCGGAGCCCAGGAAGCUGCUCACCCAAGAUUUGGUGCAGGAAAACUACCCAGAGUACCGGCAGUUGCGUGACAGUGAUUCUGCAUGCUAUGAGUUCCUGUGGGGCCCAAGGGCCCUCCUUGAAACCAGCUACAUGAAAGUCCUGCAGCAUAUGCUAAGUACCAGUGGAGGACGUCACAUUUCCUACUUAUCCCUGCAUGAAUUGGCUUUGAGACAGGGGGAAGAGUGAGUCUGAGCACGAGUUGCAGCCAGGGCCAGUGGGACGGGGGCUGGGCCACUGCACC